AUGGCAGACCCAGAACAGGGAAAUCAAACAUUUGUCACAGAAUUUAUUCUCCUGGGAUUUGGUGACCUCCCUGAACUGCAGACUUUUCUUUUCAUGCUAUUCCUUGUGACCUACCUUUUGACCCUGGUUGGAAACAUCCUCAUUGUUGCCUUGGUGGUGACUGAUCAGCAACUCCACACCCCCAUGUACUUUUUCCUUGAGAAUUUGUCCUUCUUGGAGAUCUGCUACACCUCCACCAUCCUGCCCAAGAUGCUUCUCAGUUUGCUGACAAAAGAAAAUGGAAUUUCUCUCUCUGGAUGUUUCUUUCAAUUUUAUGUCUUUGCUUCCUUGGCAUGCUCAGAGUGUUAUCUUUUAUCUGUGAUGUCUUAUGACCGUUAUUUAGCAAUAUGCAAGCCCCUGCAUUAUGGAGCCCUCAUGAAUACCAGGUUCCGCAUCCAAUUGGCAGUAGGAUCUUGGAUAUCUGGAUUUAUGUCUCCUAUCUUCACAACAUCCAUGCUGGCAUCACAGUUGACUUUCUGUGGAUCCAACAAAAUUGACCAUUUUUUUUGUGAUUAUACUCCAUUGUUAGUGCUCUCCUGCAGCAACACCCGCUCAACAGAAAUAGCUAUGUCUUUCAUUGGCUCUGUGUGCACGGUGCCUCCCUUUCUGCUCACCGUGACAUCCUAUAUUUGUAUCAUUGCCACCAUCCUAAAAAUUCCUUCUACCACGGGGAGGAAAAAAGCUUUUUCCACCUGCUCUGCCCACCUUCUUGUGGUUACAAUAUUCUAUGGGGCUUUGAUGACUGUCUAUCUGUUACCUAAAAACGAUGUAUUAAGAGACCAAAACAAGCUGUUCUCUCUUUUUUACACCGUCCUGACCCCUUUGUUAAAUCCCCUUAUAUACAGCCUGAGAAAUAAGGAUUUUAGGGCAGCCCUGAGUAACUCAGUCAGUAAAUGUGUGCCUUUACUGAGGACUCAAAGAAUCCAAUCUCUUUUUAAUACUGGAACAGAAACAAUAAAUAAAUAA